CUUCAGCCCGCGCGCUCGCAGUUUCUCGCUCUCGCCCGCCCGCUCCCUAGCUUGCUCGCGCUUUUGCUCGCGCUCUCCUCGCGGAUCGAAGGGGCUCUGGCCAUAACCUGUGGUUGGGAAGGGCGACAGAGGCAGCGGCUCAGGAGAAACGAGGCUGCGGUGGUGGUGGUGGGAAGAUGUCGGGCGAGGACGAGCAACAGGAGCAGACUAUCGCCGAGGACCUGGUCGUUACCAAGUAUAAGAUGGGGGGCGACAUCGCCAACCUUUAUAACUUCUGAGGCACUUGGGAUUCCAGAUACCAGUUGGAAACUCUUUUGGGUCACAUACCUCAUUGAGAUCUGCUAAAAGCUAUAAGCCCAAGCUUGCUGAAGCCCAGAGACCUUAGGGGUACUUCGGUCUUUGGUGGAAGCUUCCUGUUCAGGUGUGUCGGUACUGAGCCUGUGCGAGAAAGGGGAUGCCAUGAUAAUGGAAGAGACAGGGAAAAUUUUCAAGAAAGAAAAAGAAAUGAAGAAAGGUAUUGCCUUUCCCACCAGCAUUUCAGUAAAUAACUGUGUAUGUCACUUCUCCCCUUUGAAGAGCGACCAGGACUAUAUUCUCAAGGAAGGUGACUUGGUAAAAAUUGACCUUGGGGUCCACGUGGAUGGCUUCAUCGCUAAUGUGGCUCACACUUUUGUGGUUGAUGUAGCUCUGGGAACCCAAGUAACAGGGCGGAAAGCAGAUGUCAUUAAGGCAGCUCACCUUUGUGCUGAGGCUGCCCUACGCCUUGUUAAACCUGGAAACCAGAACACACAAGUGACAGAAGCCUGGAACAAAGUUGCCCACUCAUUUAAUUGCACACCCAUAGAAGGUAUGCUGUCACACCAGUUAAAGCAGCACGUCAUCGAUGGAGAGAAAACCAUUAUCCAGAAUCCCACAGACCAGCAGAAGAAGGACCAUGAGAAAGCUGAAUUUGAGGUACAUGAAGUCUAUGCUGUGGAUGUUCUCGUCAGCUCAGGAGAGGGCAAGGCCAAGGAUGCAGGACAAAGAACCACCAUUUACAAACGAGACCCUUCUAAGCAGUACGGCCUGAAAAUGAAAACUUCACGUGCCUUCUUCAGUGAGGUCGAAAGACGUUUCGAUGCCAUGCCUUUUACUUUAAGAGCAUUUGAAGAUGAGAAGAAGGCCCGAAUGGGUGUGGUGGAGUGCGCCAAACAUGAACUGCUCCAACCAUUUAAUGUUCUCUAUGAGAAGGAGGGUGAAUUUGUCGCCCAGUUUAAAUUCACAGUUCUACUCAUGCCCAAUGGCCCCAUGCGGAUAACCAGUGGUCCCUUUGAGCCCGACCUUUACAAGUCCGAGAUGGAGGUCCAGGAUGCAGAGCUCAAGGCCCUCCUCCAGAGUUCUGCAAGUCGGAAAACCCAGAAAAAGAAAAAAAAGAAGGCCUCUAAGACUGCAGAGAAUGCCACCAGUGGGGAAACUUUAGAAGAGAAUGAAGCUGGGGACUGAGGUGGGUCCCAUCUCCCCAGCUUGCUACUCCUGCCUCAUCCCCUUCCCACCACACCCCAGGCUCUGUGAAGUGCAGUUCGUCUUCUCCACCCAGGACCGCCAGCAGAGCGGGGUCUCCCUGUCCUCCUCCCAGCCCCCAGCCCAGCCCCCUUCCAACAACAACCAGCUCCAACUGACUCUGGUCUUGGGAGGCCAGGCUUCCCAGCCACCGAAGACUACUUUAAAUAGAAAAGAGAAAUUGAAUAAUAAAAUCAGGAGUCAAAAUCCAUCGUCUUCAAGCCCCUCUUUCUAGCCUUUUUUUACUGUUCUCUGCUUGGUCGAGGUUUAUGGCCCUACAACAGAACGGGGAGGAGGCUAAAGUAGCCACCACCACCAAAAACAGCUGAAAUGUUUUUAUACCACUCCAACGGCAACAUUUUCCCAUCUGUUGGGCCUUGUUCCUCUCUUUUCCCACUCUUCCCACGUAUUUUAUCAGGCCUCAAAAUAGAGAAGGAGCUAUUCUUCAAAUUUGUUUUCCUUCACAUGUGGCAGAUUCCUUUUAUGAUCCAGGCUAUCUAGUCAGGCCCCUCCUGUUUUUAGGAGCUGGAGCCUGCAUUUAUUUGCCAAGGGAUUCUCAUCUAGCAAAUGGAUCCUCAUUUGUAAAUCUUUGUAGUCAAUUUUAUUCUGCAGGACUCCCCCCCCCCACUUCCACAAAGCUGUAAAGAAGUAAUCCAUCUCAACCUUGUCCCAUCUCUUUGGAGUCAGCAGAGUUCUUCCCUUGCUCCAUGUUAGAAGCCUGAGCUGGAAGCUCAAUUGUGGUUUUGUUCCCUGUUUGAAAUAUAUUGACCUCCCUUCCUUGAAAGAAAGACCAGGAACCAGAAGAGCAGACUGACUGAAGAGACAAAACUCCUGGCUUUCUGAAGCUGUGGACUCAGAUUGGAUGAAUUGUUAGGGGUUUGGAGACAAAGGUGAUGAAUUGCAGUACCUCUGGCAUGCUGUCCCAGGGAACUAGGGCUCCUGCUAACUUAUGAGGUUUUUAAACAUUGAAAAUGACAUGGCAUUAAAAUAAAUUUGGAUUUGCUCAUAA